CCUGACAGGAGGGGGGAGCCGGGGGGGGUUGGUCUCUUUUCCCAGGCAACUAUCAGCAAGGCAAGAGGACAUGGUCUCAAGUUGUGCCAGGGGAGGUUUAGGUUGGAUAUCAGAAAGAAUUUCUUUCCAGAGAGGGUGAUCAGCCACUGGAAUGGGCUGCCCAGGGAAGUGGGGGAUUCUCCAUCCCUGGAGGUUUUUAAGAUGAGACUGGAUGUGGCAUCAGUGCCAUGGGCUGGGAACCACAGCGGGGUUGGAUCAAGGGUUGGACUUGAUGAUCUAGGAGGUCAUUUCCAACCCAGCUGAUUCUCUGAUUCUCUGAUUUCUGUGGUACAGGCUCCAGCCCUGUCACACGUGUGAUGCUGCCCGGUGAGGGUGCAGAGCAUGUCCCCCGAGGAGCUCGCUGCCCUGCUCUGCGGGGAAGGGGACCAGCACCUCGCCCAGCAGGACCUGCCCACAGCCACUGCCUUCUACCUGGCUGCCUUCAGCUGCUGUGCCCCCACAGCAGAGCAGAGGGUGACCCGCAUGGACAGCAGGCUCCGGGAGCAGGUCAUAGCCACUCUGGAGAGCUGGUGCCAAGGCAAGGGGCAGAUUCCCAGGAUCCAGAGCAGGAACCUGGCUGUCGUGUCCCUCAGUGUGGGAAUAGCUGCCAUCUUCCUCUCCACCCUGAGCCCCAACAACGUGGUGUCCUCUCUGUACGAGCUGGAGGCCCUGCUGCGGCGAGGGCGCCCGGAGGAGGUGGUGAGGAGAUGCAAUGUCCUGCUCCAGGCUGGCUCGGGGUGCCCCAUGGAGCUGCUGCUGCUCAGGGCCUUGGCGUGGGUGCUGUCGGGGACAGGGCUCAGGGAGGGGGUGGCAGGGUACGUCCAAGCCUUCGUGCUGCACGGGGCCGAGGCGGCGGCCCAUGUGUGCAGCAGGCAAGGGGAGCACCUGCCACGGGUCAUCCAGGCCUUCUCCAGCUACCUCUCAGCAUGCCAGAAGGAAAGCCCAGACUGCAGUUCCUUGGAGCAGUGGCUGGGCAACUGCUAUGGCUUCCUGGCUGCGGUGGCACCGGGGGAUGUCUGGGUGUGCAGGCUGCAGGCAGCUCACCUCCUAAAACAGGGCAAAUUCCAGGAGUGUGUAGCCCUUUGUACCAAGGCCCUCGAGGGCUUCUCAGCUGGUCAGCUCAGAGAUGAGGGAGUUUUGGGUCUGCUCUUGGAACGGGCUGCUGCCUAUUUCUCCCUGGGUGAAGGGAUGGAGGAAAUGAUGCAGGAUUUAGCAGAAGCCUUUGCUGCAAACCCUGCCCAGGCCAGGAGACACUUUGAAGAGCUUUUCUCGCAGCGUGACACCGAGAAGAUUGAAGAGCAGGCUAGAACCAUCCUGGAGGGGAAGUUUGCAGCGUACAGGGAGGCUGUGCGUGCUCGCACCGAGCUCAGGGGCAAUCAUGGAGCUGAACUGCUCCCUCCUGUCAUCCAGACGAUCCAGCUCCUCCUGCAGCUCUGCCCGGGGUCCCAGAGGGAGCUCAGUGUCCGGCUGGCAGAGUGCCAGCUCCUGCAGGGCCACCCCGGGGCUGCCCUGGGCAUCUGUGACCAGCUCCUGGCAGCGGAGCAGAGAACUUACCACAACACCCUGCUGGCACUGCGAGGGUUCUGCUCCCUCCAUGCCCAGGACCACCAGCAGGCCCUGCAGGACUUUCAGAAGGUCAUUGAGCACGAUUCCCCACAUCCCAACAGCUGCAUUAAAGCCUUGUGUGGCCGUGGGCUCAUCCGCAUUGCUGGUGGCAGCUCUUACCUGACAGCCCUGGAUUACAUCACAGCCUGCCAGUUAAAGCUGGAAGAAACCAUCUUCACCAUCAAGUCCUACGUGCCGUGGAACCAAAGGGGACUGCUGCUGAAAGUUCUCCAAGAGGAAGGACAGAGGAUGCUCCAGAAGAAGAGAGAUGCCCCUGGGGUUUUCCAGCUGGCCUGUCUCUUGGUGGAGCUGGACACUGCUGAUGAGGCCUCCAGGAUCCUCUGUGCUGAUGCCCUGUACCAGAUGGGCCGUGGAGAAGAAGCCCACAGGCUGCUCUUGCUGGCCCUCUCCAGAAACCCCCAAAGGGCUCCUGUCCUGGCCAGGCUGGCACUGCUGCAGCUGAAGAAAGGGUUUGUGUGUGAUGGAAACCAGCUGCUACAGAGAGUGAUCAGGACUGGAGAUACCUCCUGCCUCCUGCCCAUCAUGGACAUUUUCCAGGCUGAGGACAGGAAGCUGAUGCAAACCCACUGCCAUUUCCAAGCACUGGCCAUCCUGGAGAGCCAACAGGAGGAUGUUCACAUCAAAGAGGCCAUUGCCUACCUGUCCUGUGCAAUUAUUGCUGCAGGUGGUGGUGCUGGGGAUUGUCUCCUCAGCAGGGCUCGGUGCUACGGGCGCCUGGGGCAGAUGAAAACUGCUAUUUUUGACUUCAACGCCGUCCUGAAGGAGGAUCCCAGGAACGUGCAGGCUCUGAGCGGCCGAGGGUUCGUUUUCCUCGCUCUGAGGCAGCAGAAGGAGGCAGUGCAAGAUCUGAUCUCGGCACUGAAGGUGGAGGCAGGAGCAGUGAUCCCAGCAAUCCUGUCCCUGAAGGGUGAAGCCCAAGAGCUGCUCACUGGGUGGCUCCUCCAGCACGGCAGGGCUGCGCUGACCCAGCUCGGGGCCACCAGAGACACCUCAAAGGGAGAAACCCUCAGGGACCUCCUGGUGAUUGCAAGAGCACUGAUCAGAAUCUGCAAGGCUGCACAAUAUCACAUCUUCUACACAGAUGUUCUGAUUGCAAGUGGGAGGUGUGAGGAGGCCCUGACCCACCUCCAGGCAGCGUUUGGCCACCGCCCCACUGAGGACUCUGCCAGGGCACGACUGGCUGUGCUGCAGCUGAAGAGGAGCAACGUGGCAGGAGCAGCUCACUCGCUCAGUGCCCUGGCCCAGAGAGAUGAAAGGGAGCUGGAAUUUCUCCUGAGCUUUGUGGACACCAAGCAGCAGCAGCAGCUCGCUCAGGUGGCAGCCCAGCAGGGCCAGGUGCUGCUGGAAGGGCAGCAGUACGAGAAGGCCCUGGGGUUCCUGUCCCUGGCCGUGGUGGCCGGCGGGGCCUGCCCGCGCUCCCUGCGCCGCAGGGCCCAGUGCCUCGGGCUGCUGGGGCAGCACCAGCGGGCCCUGGCAGACAUGGACACCGUCAUCCAGGGGCACGGCGGGCACAGCCCGAGGACACGGGCGCGGGAUCUGUGCUCCAGGGGGCUGCUGCUGCUGGCCAUGGGGCGGGAGGAGGCGGCGGUCCAGCAGUACGUGCAGGCCCUGCGGCUGGACCGGCCCGCGGCCCUGGGCAGCAUCGCGGAGCGCCCCGGCAGCCAGGCCUUGGCCAGGGCCUUCCACAGAACGGCCCAGCACAGCCUCCGAACGCGGCGCUACCGACAGGCCUGGGAGCUCACGGACUACGGGCUGCAGAUCGAUAAAAACCCCGAGCUGCAGAGGCUGAGGAUGAGGCUGAAGAGGGAGGCGUCGGGCUGCAGCAUCCACUGAACUCCCUGCCUGGGGAUUUUCCGCUCUCUGGUUGCUGCGUAGUUUGUUUGUGAGGCUGCAAGAGCGAGGG